UGAUGGUCCUUAUAUCUUUAUGAACACAAAUAUUGAUUGAUAUCAAGUUACAUGUAAAUAUAUAAUAAUUGAGAAUAAGAACUUUCAUAUGGAAAAGUGUAUUCAUCAAGAUUUUAGUUUAAUUCCAUUUACAUCCGUUUAUGCGUUGGAAGAACAUGAAGAUCAGUUUUUUAGUAAAUACGCUUUAUUUCGUGGUUAGUUCUAAAAGUUUCUUAAUUACGGUCUAAAUUUAAAAUGUUUUUAAAAAGUUUCUUCAUCGGUUUGUUAUUAUUUUUUGUUGAAAAUAUAUACCCAAUAAGUGAUUAAUUUAUAAGCAUCUGAAUUUGAACAAUAAGAUGACUCGGGCGGAGGUUUAGCCCAAGACCUCUUGCACUAGAAGCGAACGCUCUACCACAAGGCUACCAUUACGGUUGCAACGAGGUUAAAAAUUAUUCUGUGCUGUAUAAAGCCUGUCGUUAAGGCUUUUUAGCCAAUCAGUUGAAAAUAGCUAUCAGUUAAAUGAAAACGUAUAUAUAUAUAUCAAAAAUAAAUUUUCAUAGCACAAAAAUAAGAAAAAAGACGCCCAUUUUUCAAACCAUCUUUUUACUUUCUUGAAUUGGAAAAGUGGCUUGGGAAUAUCAACAUAAAAGUAGCUUUGAUUUUUUUGGUUUACAAAAGAAAAUUUAUUAUGCAGCUGCGUUCUCGCAAUUGUGGUGUAUACUGUUGACCUCGGCUUUAUAUUUUAUAGCAUAGCAUCAAAACCAGUCUGAAUUAGGAUAGAUUUUUACAUAACAAAUCUCUGCCCCCUUGUUCAGAGAAGACUUCUUUUCCUAAAACACUAAAUAACUUAUUUCUCCGCAAAGCAUACCAAUUAAACUGAAUCAGAUAAAAAGCUAAAUAUUCAAUGUUUUUAAUGUUAAAUGCCACAUCAUUUUAAUAAUUUACCAACUCUAGUUUGGAAAUCUAUUUCUAGUAAUAUUUUCCUUAACACUUGGCUGCAAACACAAAACUUUCAUUCUGUUUAUAAGCUGCAGUGAAGGAACAGAAACCAAGGGAAAGAAGAAGACGAAAAACAAAAUGUAUUCUGUGUGGGUUAUAAUGGUUUUGCUUAAAUACAAUGAAGCAUCAACUUGCGAAUCAAAGUAUAAAUGCAAAGAAACAAAAACAUCCGCUACAUUAGCUUACAUCAGCAUGCAUAAACUCAACAACACAAAGUUGAAUGGAACCAUACUAUCAACACAUUAUGUUGAAAAUACAACAAGAUGUAAUAAACUCUGUGCAUUGCAUGAUGGAUGUGUUUCAACUAAUGUUGGUCCAAACAACGCAUCAACGUUUGUUUGUCAAUUGCUUGGUGAAGACAGACGCACGAAUGCUGAGCUUCUUGUCAAAGCAGCUGGAUGGUCGCUUUUCACGACACCUAGUAUAUGUGAUGACAACCCGUGCAAACCCGGCAUCGAGACAUGUCUUCCACAUUAUGGAAAUAAUUCAUACACAUGUGUACUUUCAAAUCCUUAUCAGUUUCCGUUGAUGAACUUCACCUUUGAUGAAGAUGGUAAAUGUUCUGGUUGCAAAGCCAGUGCGUAUUGGGCGGCUGGAAAACGAAUACACGUUCCUGACCGAAUAACCAAAGUGAUGUAUUUUCCAGAAAGAAUUGAGUACGGAGGUGGACCAGCUUUGUAUCCUGAAGGUUGCCUUAAGGAUUUAUCACCAGCGUUUCCUGGUAACUGUGAUAGUGAUGGCUUCGUAUUUUCAUUCUGGUACAGAACAUUCAUGCGUGCUCUUGGAAACGCCCUUUUAUUUGAGAGUCCAAGUAAUGGUUUCUAUGUCCGUAUCGGUCAUCGAAAUGCAGAAACCAGAACUGCGUUCUGGCGUGUUACUUUCCUUACGGGUUACACCUAUCACUUUGUAAACUAUGAAGGUCCUGAUGCUUCUCAAUGGAUUCACUUUGUUUUCAAAUUUCAUAUUGCAAAUGACCUGUUUUCUGUAUUUAUUAAUGGAAUACAUGCAUCUGAUGGAGAAAAAGUUGCUAUAUCACCUAAUGGUAAAAGCACGCAAUUGAAUUUGGCUUGGAGGUACUACGGAAUGUUUGAUGAUAUUGUGUAUUAUAAUCGUUUGCUUUCCAAUGAAGAAAUUCUCAAACUGCACCGAGAGCAGGCCACACAUUAAUGAAACAUUGGGAUAAUGAUGUUGCUAGUUCUCUCACAGUGCUGUUCAAAUUUGUAAAUAUACCGAUGUUUUUAUGCUUUUAUAAUUAUAAUAGAAUCCCGGUUUUUCGAACAAGCAUUUACUCGAAAUUUUUGGCUAUCAUUUUUGUUUCAUUUAUCACAUCAUACUGUAGCAAGUUUAAUUCUAUUUUGGAAGGCCUAUUAAAUGUUAUGGAGUGUCUGCAGAAUAACUUGCUACGGCCAACUAGACUGAAUAGGGUUAAGAAAAAACCAAAGGAAAAAAUAUUACUUUAAUUAAGCGGAACUUUUGAAUAACUGCCACCUUGAGCAGCUGGCAGUCCACAUUGUAAUAGUUUUACAUCUUACGCACUGAUCAUCAAUUAUUUGUAUAAACUUUAUACAACAUGUUGUAAUUAAUUUUUUUGGAUCUAUAUUAUGUAGAAUUUUGGAUCUUUUGAAAAUCAUUUGUACACUUCUGUGAUUCUUUUAAUGACUAAUACCAUGUUUUCAUUAUAUCGGAUAGAUUUCGUGCAGAAUCAAUUUACGUAACAGAUAGGCCUUCUGUUUCUAUUAGGACGAAUGGUGCCGAAUGAAUUAAGGUAUUGGAUAGCUCCUGGGCCGGGCCGCUUUUAAAAGUGAUACGUCUCGUAUCGAAUGUCUUCUUCCUUUGUUACAAUUGGCGCUCGUUAUCUUGACUAUCCGUUAUCUCGAUCUUUCCGUAUAUCGACCAAUUUUCAUCCCUCCCUUCGGCAUUUCAACCUUCCUUAGGGUAAAACACGUCCAUUAUCUCAACUACCCGUUAUCUCGAACUUUCCUCAUCUCGACCGGCUUUGCGGGCCCUUAAGUACAUUUACAUCACACACAAAAAUUCGAUCAGAAAAUCAUUCGAACGUUCGAAUUUCUCAAAUUUCCUCAAAAUCCAGAUUUCGAAUGUUUACAAUUUUCUUUCCGUUUACACACCAUGUCUAGUAAUAAUUGAUUCUUCUGAUUAAUAGUCCAUCCCUGACCAGAUUUAAAAAUUUAAGUAAUUUUUCUAAUGUGUGCAUGAUAUUGAAAAACUUUCCUUUUCUCCACCUUUUUCACGAUCGACGCUCCUUAUCUCGACUAUCCACUAUUUCGAAUUUUCGUUAUCUUGACCUUUUUCAACAGUCCCGUGGAAGGUCCAGGUAACGAGCGCCGACUGUAUUCUGUAAAUCUUUUAUGAUGACGAAUAUGAUUACAAAGGGCUAUUCCGCAUAUGUAAGCAGAACUGUAUCGGCACGGUUUGUAUGUGCUUCCAUCGUACCGGAUUAUCAAUCAAUUCGGCGCAAACACCUAUCCGAUAUAAUAGAAACAUGGUCUAAAGAACGUAUGGUAACAUCAAAAUCUGAAAUUGUAAUGACUGAUGUUGCCUUAACCUGCAACCCUUAACCCGCAAUC